AUGGAAAACAGAAGGGAACGAGGUGGAGAAGGGAAGAAGUGGAGAAGUGGAGGAGGUGGAGAGAUGGUGGAGGAUGCAAAGAUGGGAACAGGUUUGGGUUUGGACAAACAUCAGGACAACUGUGAAUCCUCUGGCAGUUUCUGUACAAAGAUGUAUCUAAGCAGAACCAAAGGAGCCAAAACCAUGAACAACUCAAGAGAUCAUCUGCAGAAACACUCUGAGUGGACACCACUGAAGGAAACAAACACAGUUACGAAGCAGGCGCUCGGUGGGUCUCCAGGCGUCACCAGGACUGUUUGGAGGUUUAAGGCCGAACCCGUUUCUAUGACGUCUCUACUCAGACCAUCUCUGCUUCAUCCUGGAUCUGGGUCCUGGAUGGAGGUAAACAGCCACAGAAACAGCAGCAGAUUCCUUCAGAUGCAUCCCAGGAUUGAGCCGCGGAUGAGGUCAAUCCUCCUGGACUGGAUGAUGGAGGUCAGUGAGGCCUUCACUCUUCAACGACACACAUUCUACUUGGCUCAGGAUUACUUUGACCGGUUCAUGCAGAGACAGUACAACGUCCAGAAAGAGUCGUUGCAGGUCAUUGGGGCGACCUGCCUGUUUCUGGCCUCAAAGAUGGAGGAGUCUCGUGCUGUCAAGCUUAAGCAGGUGGUUGAUGUCGGUGACGGGGCCUACACCGAGCAGGACGUUCGACGAGUGGAGCUGCUCAUCUUGAAGACACUGGGUUGGCGUCUCAGCUCUGACACAGCUCUGUUCUGGUUGGAGCUUUACCUCCAACUGGUGCUGAUGGAGGUCGCCUAUGAUCCACUGGAGCAGCUGUUUCCAUACUAUUUGUUCUUCAAGAUGACACGGGUUCUGGAUUUGUGCAUGCUCCACGUCAACUCCAUGGACUUCGAGUAUAAUGUGUUGGCAGCUGCCAUCCUGAGUAGAUUCUUUCAUCAGGAAGUUGUGGAGCAGGUUUCAGAGUCAUGCUCAACAGUGGAGAUGAAGAGCCGCUCUUCUUUCAACACAGAAACACUCAAACAAACAGAGCAACCGGACGACUCACAACAACAGGCUUUAAUUCCCACAGAGACUGUUUGA